CGUGAUCGAGAUUUAUUCUUUAUCUCAAUGCCUUCUCCAGUAAUUGACACUGUUGAUGCAUUGUUAAUAUUGUUAUAUUCUGUGGUUCAGUGGUUGAAGUGUUAGUGUUGAACUAUUGACAGUUCUAUGUUUCAGCACAAUCUCACUUCUCAGAAGUCUAAUAGUAGACAGAACACAAAAGUCGGUACUUAAUACUUAGUAACCGAUUAAUAAUUAAUAAUUUUAUAAUCUUAUCAACUUCUUGUUCACUACUACACGAUUUGCAAUUUACAUAUAAACAUAUAAUAUUGGUCGGUGCAAACUCUAGAAAAGUUUAAUGAUAUUAAUCAAUUAUACUGAAAAAGGGAUAUCGGUUAUCCAGUCAUAUUAUAUUUAAUUUAAAUAUAAGUACCUGUGAUAUUUUUAUGCUGUAUUUAAAAUGACUUUUACAACUGAAAAGUUUUAUGGCGGUUUAACCGUUGGUCUCCUGAUUGGUCUGACUAUCAAUACGAUCUUUAAUUAUAUUGUUAAAACUAUAAGGACAAGUCAAGAUGAAAAAAAUGUGGGUAAAAGUCAACAACAAGAAGCCAAACCUAAUACAAAUGGAGAAUUCAAAAUGGCAUUACUGGUUCGUCAUGAUUUGAAAAUGGGCAAAGGCAAAGUUGCAGCACAAUGCUCACAUGCAAUUGUGCACUGUUAUGAAGAAAGCUUGAGGUUAAAACCAAGAGAAAUAAAUAGCUGGGAGUCAAACAAUAAACCAGUAGAUAUAUUCAAGAUAGCAGAUGAAAAAACCAUGUUAGAGUUUCAGCAAUUGGCCAUUGAAAAAGGAUUCACUACCUAUGUAGUAGUAGAUGCAGGCCGUACUCAGGUCGCUCCCAGAUCUAAGACCGUGAUGGCUAUAGGUCCAGUUGAAAGGGAAGAAAUUGAUUUAUUCACUCAAAAUCUUGAAGUGUAUUAAUAAUAAUUAUUAUUCAGAUUAUGAUUGUAUAUUUUUUAUAGUUCUUUGAAAUAAUAA